AUGGGCUCCAGCGUGCGCGCCGGCAGCUCCGCCAUGAGCCGACCCAGCAUCAGACCCGGCGGCAUCAGGUCAUCGUCAAUACGACACGCGUCGUCGACACUGGGCGUACCCAGAGGCGCGGCGGCCGACCGCUCCGGCGCCGUGUCGCCCGCCGAUACCGUCUCGACCUCAUCGGGGAUGAAGCGCAAGGAGCGAGAUUUCGACUCGGAGGCUGGAGGCGAAGAGACAAACAUCAAUGUCGUCGUGCGUUGCAGAGGGCGCAACAGCCGCGAGGUCAAGGAGAACAGCACCGUCGUCGUCAGCACAGACGCGGUCAAGGGCAAGCAGGUUGGGCUGUCCAUGGGCGCCAACGCGCUGAGCAACAAGACGUACAACUUCGAUCGCGUCUUCUCCCAAGCGGCGGACCAAAACAUGAUUUUUGACGAUACCGUCAAGCCCAUUCUGGACGAGAUGCUCGCCGGGUACAACUGCACCAUCUUUGCAUACGGCCAGACCGGCACCGGAAAGACGUACACCAUGUCGGGCGACAUGACGGAGACGCUGGGCAUGCUUUCCGACGAAGCUGGCAUCAUUCCGCGCGUGCUGCAACAGCUCUUCAACAAGCUCGAAAUCGACGACUCAGAAAACUGCGUCAAAUGCUCCUUUAUCGAACUGUACAACGAGGAACUGCGCGAUUUGUUGUCUAUCGAGGAAAGCGCCAAGCUCAAGAUUUUCGAUGACGUGUCGCGCAAGGGCCAUGCCGGCACCAUCAUUCAGGGAAUGGAGGAGAAGCACAUCAAAAACGCCUCCGAGGGUAUCAAGGUGCUUCAGGAUGGCAGCUUGAAACGCCAGGUUGCGGCGACAAAGUGCAACGACCUCAGCUCGCGAAGCCACACGGUUUUCACCAUCACCGUCUACGUCAAGAAGCCCAACGAGAACGGCGGGGACGACUUUGUCAGUGCCGGCAAGCUCAACCUUGUGGACUUGGCGGGUAGCGAGAAUAUCCAGCGAUCCGGCGCGGAGAACAAGCGUGCGGCCGAGGCUGGGCUCAUCAACAAAUCCCUUCUGACCCUCGGUCGCGUCAUCAACGCACUCGUCGACCGAAGCUCGCACAUCCCUUACCGAGAGUCGAAAUUGACCCGCCUACUUCAGGACUCGCUCGGUGGCCGGACCAAGACGUGCAUCAUCGCGACGAUAUCGCCCGCUAAGAGCAACCUCGAGGAGACGAUAUCGACGCUUGACUACGCGUUCCGCGCAAAGAACAUCAAAAACAAACCCCAGAUGAACCCGAUGCUCAACAAAAAGAUGCUUCUCAUGGAGUUUGCAAACGAAAUCGAAAAACUCAAGAGCGAGCUCAUCUCGACGAGGCAGCGCAACGGCGUGUACCUCUCCAACGAUGCCUUUGAGGAAAUGACGGCCCAGAGCGAAUCCCGGCGAAUCGUCGUCGAGGAACAGACGGCCAAGAUCGAAACGCUGGAAACGAAUUUGCGCAACAAGGCCCACGAGCUGCUGUCCCUCACCACCUCGUUUAUGGGACUGAAGAAGGAUCACGAAGGGACCAAGGCUCAGCUGAACGACGCCAGCGACGUGCUCGAACAAACCGAGAUUGUCCUGUCGGCUACGCGCAAGACCCUGGCCGAGGAAACGCGCCGGCGAAAGGCCCACCAGGAGACGGAAGGCAAACUCACCGAGAUUGGCGGAGAGCUCAUCAGUAAGCUUAACAAGACUGUGAAUGACGUUGGCGGCCUCCAUGCGAAGAACAAGCGCAAAUCGGACCUGCAGUCGCUGAACCGCGUCGCCUGGGGCACGUCACAAAGCCAGGUCGCCGACGUCACGUCGAUGGUCGAGCGGCGGGUCCAAGAGUUCCAAGACGAGCAGCUCGAGCACAUUUCCAGUGUCCGGAACCGGAUGCAGGACUUUGUUGAAGAGGAGCUGCAAAAGCUGUCUACCACGCAAGCCUUCUUGGACAAACACCUCAACGAGUUUGUCGAGUCUAAAAAGGACAUGCUGGAGAGGAAGCAGGCAUCCAAGGACGACAUGGACGAAGUGCUGGAGGAGAUUAAAGACAUUCGCGACAAUGUCAAGGAAAAGACGGGGGAGAGCCUGCAUGCCAUCUCGAAUGCGGCGGAGAAGAUCUCGGCAGAUGUCCUGCAAGAGAUGACCAACUUUCACAGCACACUGCACACGUCCUAUAGCUCCCUCGGCAAGGACUUCAAAACCCUUUUCGAAGAUCUCGUCAGACACGUCACGGCGCAGCGCAGCGAGACAGAUAAUCUCCGACGCCAGCUGCAAGGCGCGCUCAACACCAUUGUUCUACAAAAUGCAAGCAUCUCUACUCGAAUCCAGGAGGCCUUGGAAGAGGAACGACGACAAGCCGCCGAAGACCGCUCAAGACUGAUGACGCAGAUCACGGCCCUAAUCAACGCCCAGGCAGAGUCGCAAGAUGCGCGCAUGGCCGACAAGGCAUCCCAGAUCCAAAAGACGGUGUCUGAGUCCUCAACAUCGCUCGAGGCAGCAGCAACACAAUACGGACAAGGCAUGGAUUCGUGGGAUGAAAAGGAAGGCGAGUUGCUGGACGAGGUUAAGAAGAUGCGAGACCAGCUCAAGACCAGACUCAAGGACGAUUGGACAACGACGAGCGAGCAGAGCAUGGCGAUCCAGAACUCUGUCCGCUCUGUGCACGCCGAGACGGUCCGCGUGGUGGACGAGCAGGUCGAACACCUCGACACGCAAAUGGAGGCCCUCGACGACUUUGUCACCCGAGCGCGGUUGGAGAACGCCAGCCAUCACGAAUCGCACGGACAGUCGGUCCAGGCGCUGUCAAACACCGUCGAGCAGUCGUUUGGUAACAUCGCGGCGCACUUCAAGACGACGUUUGACCGCGUCAAGAACCUGGGCGAGGAAAUGGAGCUCGACACGACCGACUUGCAGGAUGGGCUGGAGCCACUCCAGACGCAGCUUUGCCAGCCUCUUUCCAAUCUUCGUGACGGCAUCACCUCCACGUCUCUCCAUGAGUACCAGCCCACCGGCGAAACUCCUCAAAAGGUGUUAUACACUUAUCCGAAGACCUUGCCGCGGACGGAAUCGCCCGUUGCCGGUCUCUCGCAGUUUGAGGAGCCUUCAGACUUGGGGGAGGAUCAUGAAGAAGAAGAGGAGGUCCAGGACAGCAUUCUCUUCCCCGAACUGGACCCGAACCGGAAGAUGAGCUCGCCGCUGUCGCAGCGACGCCCAUCCAACGCUAGCAGCUUGGACAAGAACCCGCUGAGUAUGAGUUUGCGCGAGGUGAACCCCAACGUAACGACGAAUCUAACGACGGGCGCGAUUGGCUUUGACCCUAGCAUGAGCACCAUGUCUCUGCAGUCAGACCACACCAUGCCCAUUCUGAAGAGGAGCACGCGGCCUGGGAGAGGGAGGAGGGGAUCCAUGAUUGUCGAGGGGAGAGAGAACCUCCCGCUGACAACGGAGGUGUUUGCGCAGGGUAUGUCGAGGAGAAAGAGCCCGAGGCUAAACUGA